UUCCUUAGUCACGUUGGCGGAAGUGCGUGUGAGUGGAGCUGGGAGUCCGGCGUGGGUUUCUGUUUUACUGUCUGUAUUUGUGAGCGUUGUAUUUUCAAAGCUCUUCAUUUGUUUUGUGAAUCGGAGGAGAAGGCUUUGCGAUGUCGCAGAUUGUCCCGGGACAGUUUGACGACGCAGAGGAGGCGGGCAGUGACUCGGAGUUCAGCCGCGUUACAGAGAAACGGCCAUCACUAGAGGACAAACUCAGCGGAGUGACGUUGCAGCCAUUGUCUGUAGACUCUAAAAAGCAGAAUGAUUAUAAUGAGGAGGAAGAGGAGGACGAUGAUGAUGAUGAUGAUGAUGAUGAAUGGGACUGGAAAGAUUCAGCCGGAGGAGACUUUACUAAACGCUACACUGCAAUGCGGAUGGGGAACAAUCAGCAGGCAAACAGACAGAACACACAAAAGUCAGAAAAGCUCUCGACACCUUCAGACAAGGUGCUCAGGAAGUUUGAACACAAAAUAAACCUGGAUAAGCUGAACUACGCCGAUUCUGUCAUCAACAAAGUCACCGCAAUGCAGAGACAGAGAGAAGCAGACACGUAUCGAGUUAAAGACAAGUCUGAUAGAGCUACAGUGGAACAGGUUUUGGACCCCAGGACUCGGAUGAUUCUUUUCAAAAUGCUCAGCAGAGGCGUCAUUUCAGGGAUUAACGGCUGCAUCAGUACAGGAAAAGAGGCCAACGUCUACCACGCGACCACAGCUAAAGGAGAAAGCCGCGCAAUUAAGAUAUACAAGACCUCCAUUCUGCUGUUUAAGGACAGGGAUAAAUACGUCAGUGGAGAGUUCAGGUUUCGGCACGGCUACUGUAAAGGCAACCCGAGGAAGAUGGUACGGACGUGGGCUGAGAAGGAGAUGAGGAACCUGAUAAGACUACAGACAGCAGGGAUCCCCAGUCCAGAGCCCAUCAUGCUUCGGAGCCAUGUCUUGGUCAUGGGCUUUGUUGGAAAAGAUGACAUGCCUGCACCUUUACUUAAGAACGCUGCGCUAUCCGAAUCCAAAGCGCGUGAGCUGUACCUGCAGGUGAUCCAGAACAUGAGGCUGAUGUAUCAGGAGGCUCGACUUGUGCACGCAGAUCUCAGCGAGUUUAACAUGCUGUACCACGACGGAGAUGCGUACAUUAUAGAUGUCUCUCAGUCAGUGGAGCACGAUCAUCCACAUGCACUGGAGUUUCUCCGCAAAGACUGCAGCAAUGUUAACGACUUUUUCCAAAAACACAACGUAGCUGUGAUGACGGUUCGAGAGCUGUUUGAGUUCGUCACAGACCCGUCCAUCACCAGCAACAACAUCAACCAGUACCUGGAGAAGGCGAUGGACAUCGCAUCAGCCAGAACAGCAGAGGAGAGAUCCAACCAAGACAAAGUGGACGAAGAGGUGUUUAAGAAGGCCUAUAUUCCUCGUACACUAAAUGAAGUGAGUCAUUAUGAACGAGAUGUGGACGCCAUGAUGAAGGAGCAGGAGAGCAAACAGAACGAUAACAUCCUGUACCAGACAGUGACGGGUCUGAGAAAGGAUCUUUCAGGCGUGCAGACGGUUCCUUCGUUACUAGAGGGCUGUGCUGAAGAAGGGAGCUCCAGCAGUGAUGAAGAGGAGGAAGAUGAAGAUGAGAAUGAAUCUGAAGAAGAGGAACACAGCGGCCAGGACAAGGCACAACCGCUGGACAAAAAAGAAAGAAAGAAGUUGGUAAAAGAAGCUCAGAGGGAGAAACGAAAAAAUAAAGUACCAAAGCAUGUGAAGAAGCGCAAGGAGAAAGUGGCCAAGAUGAAGAAAGGAAGAUGAGAAGGAAUCACCGUGUUCACGCUCAUGACUGACAGACAGAAAUCCUUUAUAAAAAACAAAAAAGGCACCUCUGUGUCUUUAUAUCAUUAUUAUCAACUCUUACAACCUCCUCUACAUCUGAUGAAUUGGUAAAUUAAACCUUUUAUAAGUUUGCACCCUCUCUUGGAUAAUUUGUUAUUUUUUUCCAUAAAACAAGAAGAAAAAAGAGAGCUGUGUUUCUAAUCUUAGCAACACACAGACGCUCAGAUCCCUUAGUUACAAUCUUUAUACUAGCAUAUUCAACAUUUUAUCAUUUUGUUUAAGGCUGGGUUUAUACUUGCUUUUAACUCCACCAUGAAACACACUAAUUAGGUUUUUAUUUAAAUAUUUCUGAUGUGUUUAAUGGUUGUGGUGCUAAUUUGUUGGUCGAUGCAGUAUUUCCGUUAUUUGUGUGAGAGGUUAGCAGUUGUGUGUCGUACUGAUGUCACGGGGACAUUUUGAUUGCUAGCACAGUUUUGGUGUAAUUUAUUAGGAGAAAACAUUUCACCGAUCUCAAACAUCAGGAAUAACAGUCUGUUUUCGCUGUUAUUCUGCGUUCAUGAGCGAGUGGGAAUGGAAAAAUUUCCAAUUCCCAGUAGGAAAGGUCCAUUUAAAUGGCUCUCCAACUUCCUACUCGAGAAAACAGAGUUUUACGAAAGCUUUGACUUGUCCAAGUUACGAGUCCAUGCUAUCACUUCAACGUGGCUGCGCUCAUAGUGAUAAGUACCAACAAAAAAUACCAGUAUGAUUUAAGCUUUAUAAGCAUUCUUUUGAGUUUCUGUUUAAAUUUGAAAUUGCUGAAUUCUGGGUGAUAAUUGGAUCAUUGAAAUUUUAAUUUGCUUUCUGCCAGAUUUUUUGACCACACUGCUCUUUCAUGUAAGUUUCAGCACCAUUAACAGUGAAUUUAAAACCAUUAACAGUGAAUUCUUAAAUCCACUUAAAAAAUAAAUUAAGCACGAACCAAACAGCAGUUUAAUUCCAGUUUUUGUAGACAGCUUACACUGAGUAUUCAUUUUAUUUCUGAUUUCAGACCGCUGAGUUCAUGUGAACACUCUAACGUGGGAAAGUAGGAAAUUCCAAGUUGGAAAAUUUCCCAGUUGUCGUGAAUGCAGCAUUAGCUCCUAAAA